GCCAAUAAACACUAAAGAAGAAGAAGAGUUCACUUUGCUUCAUUCAGGUUGAGUAAAUCCUGCCUUAUUUGCAGAGCUGAGAAAGGUCUAAGGAUUUAAUUCUCCCGGAUUUUGUCCAGAAUUGACGGUCAGACAGAGGACUAAACGGUCGGUGAACAGUGGUGCUGCUGUUAAAGAGACAGAAUGGCUGCACUGCGUCGUCUGAGGCAGUGCCACCCCACAAUCAUUGCUCUCUCCCAAUUUCACACGAGCAGCCAUGCUUCUGCUAAACAGCAUUACAAAAUGCUUGUGCUCGGAGGAGGAAGUGGAGGCAUUUCAAUGAGUGCACGAAUGAAGAGGAUGUUUGGAGCUGGAAAUGUGGCUGUUGUGGAGCCCAGUGAGAUGCACUACUAUCAGCCUAUAUGGACCCUGGUUGGUGCUGGUGCAAAAACGUUGACCUCAUCAGGUCGGUCCACUGCGAGUGUUAUGCCGUCUGGUGUGAAGUGGGUGAAAUCUAAAGUUCAGGAAAUAAACCCAGACAAAAAUACUGUCCUCACAGACGAUGGGACUGAAAUCUCUUAUGAGUAUUUGAUUGUGGCGCUUGGCUUACAACUCCAUUUUGAGAAGAUCAAAGGACUGCCAGAAGGAUUUGAUCACCCAAAGAUUGGAUCAAACUACUCAGUCGAAACUGUGGGGAAAACUUGGAAAGCUCUGCAAGACUUCAAAGAGGGAAACGCUGUGUUCACUUUCCCAAACACUCCUGUGAAAUGUGCAGGAGCCCCACAGAAGAUAAUGUAUCUAACAGAUGCCUAUCUCAGAAAGACGGGUAAAAGAGCAAAGGCCAACAUCAUAUACAACACAUCGCUCCCUGUGCUCUUUGGGAUCAAGAAAUAUGCUGACUCAUUGUGGGAAAUUGUGAAACAGCGUGACCUACAAAUUAAUAUGAGGCAAAACCUGAUCGAAGUGAGGGCAGAUAAGCAAGAAGCUGUGUUUGAAAAUCUUGACAAACCAGGUGAAACCAAAGUGUUUCAGUAUGAAAUGCUUCAUGUCACACCACCAAUGGGACCCAAUCUGGUGGUUAAAGGCAGUCAGCUGGCAGAUGAAGUUGGCUGGUUGGACAUCAGCAAAGAUAACCUUCAACAUAAUAGAUAUCCAAAUGUGUUUGGGAUUGGAGACUGUACAAACCUUCCCACGGCCAAAACAGGAGCUGCUGUCGCUGCACAGUCUGCUAUUUUGAACAGAACCAUCAGCCGAGUAGUGAAAAAUGAGAAGCCAGACAGAACGUAUGAUGGCUACACCUCGUGCCCAUUGGUCACAAGCUACAACACAGUGAUUCUGGCAGAGUUUGAUUACAACGGACAACCACUGGAAACAUUCCCUGUGAACCAAGCCAAAGAGAGCAGAAUCAUGUACCACAUGAAAGCUGAUGUGAUGCCUCACCUCUACUGGCACGGGCUACUACGGGGCCUGUGGGGUGGACCAGCACCAUACAGGAAAAUCCUUCAUCUCGGGAUGAAAUGAUACCAUCCAUUUGCAAGUUGAUACUUACAUUUCCACUUCUUUUAGGGAAAGAAGUAGCACAUUAUCUCCAUUAUCUGAAAGGGUGGACACUUGCAGGCUAAUACAGUGGUGGCCUCGGCCUCGUGACUAAUCAUAACAAAUGUUUGCAUAUUUUUGAACAUGCAGCAAGUAACUUCCAGUAAUAAGAAUUGUAUCUGAAUCUAUGUAGCUUUUAGCUGCUAAUUGGUAUUUGUUUGGUUCAUUUGGCUGCACAUUGAAUGUAAGGAUGGCUGCAUUGAUAACCCCAAUUAUCCAACCAACAAUGGCGCGAUAUUGGAGGUAUACUCAACUCUACAGCUGCAAUCAUUGUUGACCCGUUAUAAGGACUGUUGUGUUGACAGCAAUCAAAUCUCACAUCAUGGAUUGUUGAACAAAGUUUGCUGAAAAAAAAUGUGUGUAUUGGUGAAAGUCUGUUAUUGUGUUUGUAGUGUCGCAAUUUUUCCAUUUCAUACAGUCUUCAGGUUUGUUGCCAGUGUGUGCGGUUCUAUAUUUAGUUCGUUUUUUGUGCUUCCAACAUCAGGGAUUUUUUUUCUUGGGGAAUGGCCAUGAAAAUGACUAGUGCUUUUCUUACACAUGUCAGAAAAAUAUUGUAAAUGAUUAUGCGAGUGCUUAAAUAAAUUGUAAUCCAGUUGGUGGUUAUACAGUCAGUGCUAACUUCAUUAUUGUAUUAUGAUUUGUUCAUCUAUAAUCAUUCAAAUGAAUUUGUAUACUUAUAAACCCAUUUUAAUUGCUAUAACAGAAAAAAUAAAACCGUAAAUAUUUCGUUAGUAAAAUUCCUA